UCGUUGUAUUUCUGAAAAAGUUAAUUUUUUUGUGGUGCGACAUCAUAAGUCAUUAUGACAAUUGAAUCAGAAACAGUAUCAAACACAAAAAAAAUGGGACUCGCGGGAAUUCCAAGUCGGAGAGUGCCAGCACAACGUUUGCGAGGUACCAAGCGCGAGCACCAGAUUGAUUCGAAUGACAAAAAGGUAUCUCAUACUAGUUCAUCAACGGUUGCUUCCAACACAACGAGUCAAUGCGACUUGAUAGAAUCAAGUUCAUCAAAACGUCGAUGCUCUACAAGCACUAAUAAUUUUUCACUUCAUCGUGUUUCACGACAACGUUUUUUUGAAACAUUAAAUGCAAUGGCACUUUUCUGUGUUAUUCGAAAACUACAAUCUCAACAGCGCAAACAUCCUAUUGCGCACCAAAAAACACGUCUUCAGACAACGCAUCAGGGUAGUAUGUUUUGUAGACCUCAGACUGUGCAGUCACCACCCGGAGCUCUUCCCGAAAAUCUAGUAGUAUGGAUCCGUUGCGUUAAGGAUAUGCCUUGUCAACCCAAAAGCGUUAUAAGCUGCUAUCCUUGGCAUUUAGGAAAAAUUUUAUAUUGUAAACCAGCACCAAAUUUUUCUUUAGGUUAUUUGCAUAAAAAUGGGGUGGAAGAAGAUAUUCGGUCGUAUCUUAUGGAAUGGGCAGUGACAGAACAAGUCAAUUCUCCGUUAGCAAGCACAUCGAAUAGUGUUCAUGGACGCAAUUCUACAGUACUAGAAAAUUUUCCAUUAAAUACCCUUAACUCAAGACAGGGUGGGGUACAGAUUACAUCCCUAAUUGAAAAUUGUGGUAGAUCGAAUGGAGCAGCUGUAGCGUGUCGUGAUCCAGAAAAUGGUUUUCGGUGUGAUCCGAUGGUUUCUAGUGUGUCGGGACGUGGAGUUCAAGAUAAUUUCGUUAGUAACUGUUUUCGGUUACCCUUAGACCCAUCGCUACGACUUGAUUCGUCAUUAAAUGUAUUACAGAGUCCCAUGUCGUCCCCUUGUAAAAUGGCACCCGCUGCGUGCUCACCUUGGCAAUUUUUGUAUUAUGUGCAUUACCAAGGGUAUAAUCGUCGGUAUGAUCGUUGGGUGACAUUAGAGGAAUUACAGCCCGCAAUAGUUGAUCCAACUACGAAUCGUUUAAGUAGUGACGCCCUUGCCCGUCACUUUAUUUCAGCGUUACAUAGUCUUUGCCAUCCGAAAUGGACAGGUUUCACUACAAACAAUAAAGCUGCAUUAUCAGAGUUUCUAACAGGAAACGAUUCAAAAAUAUUAACUAAAGAAUCAUUUGGUAAUGAUUCCGCUUAUGUACAAGCUUGUAUAUUGGCUUUACGCCUCUUAUGUUCGUUGUUAAAUCAAUGCGUAGCGGGAAAUGAAGGGAAUCGUGGUAAGCGCGAUGUUGUACCGUUGCUCGAAUGGUGUUUGUUAAUGUGGAAAUCGACGGACAUUAAAUUACCACUCGUUUGUUCUAAAGAAAAUAAAUCGCUCUUAUGGAUUUCCCAGUUGUUAUUCUCCUAUUUUCAGUUAGAUGCAAUAGAAUUAUACACAUCUGCACUUAGGGCAAGUAAAAAAAAGAAAAGAUCGAAUAGUUUAGUGGCGGGUACACUACCUAAUAACUUAGUUCAAGAAUCUGAUGCAGUUUGGGCUCCUCUAUGUAGCAUGUGGACGGCAGUUGUUGAGUCGAUGGAACAUCGUCGGGGAAUUUCUUUGUCUUUGUUAAAUGACAGAUCACGAUCUCUUAAUAAUACUUGGGAAACCAUUGUUUUACCGUCUAGAUCAAGAGAUAUUUUCAAGCAUUCCACAACGCAUCUUUUGAUCGCUACUAUUGAAGCGGCGGCACGACGUGUUAUGGGUCAUAGGAGCGAGUCGACGAAUCAACCACUUAUUUUUUUGCGCAACUACAGUUGCGCAAGCGCUUAUGAUGAUAUACACAGUGAUGCAGGAGAACAUGAAGGAAUUGAUGCGAGUUCAAUUGAGGCUCAUGAGGCAAUGACAAAGCUACGUACUAUAGAAACUCUUCAAAUAAACAAUACUGUUGUUCCCACAUGGUAUUAUUCACCUUUUCCCUUUCGCUUCCAUCCUGCAGAUCGUGUUUAUAUAUGUGGAGGUUGUUUGCGUUAUUUUUUUCAUCAUUCAGAGCUUAACCACCAUGAAAAAAUAUGUACUCAAUGGGUUCCACCGGGACACGAAAUUUAUCGAGAUGGCACACACUCUUUUUUUCAAGUGGAUGGGGAAGCACAGUCGGAAUAUUGUGAAAACUUGUCUCUUAUGUCCAAGUUAUUUCUUGACCAUAAAACCCUACAGUAUAGUGUCACUCCCUUUUUGUUUUAUAUUUUAGUCAAUUGGGUUGCUGUGGAAAACGAUUCCGUUACGGAUGUUUUGGAAAAAGCUGGCAUGUCUCCAGCACGAGGCUGCCAGUUUAUCGGAUAUUUUUCAAAAGAAAAGGUUUCGUCUAUGGGAUAUAACUUGGCAUGCAUCUUAACAUUACCACAGUACCAACGAAAGGGAUAUGGAAAAUAUUUCAUGCAUUUUUCAUAUAGCUUAUCAAAAUUUGAAGGAAAGACCGGGACACCUGAACGUCCCUUAAGUGAUUUAGGCCGUGUAUCAUACACGCAAUAUUGGAAGCAAAUUAUUUUAAUGACGCUGUUCACUCCGAUGUCAGAACUUCUUCUUUGUCCUUGUACAGCUUCCUUGGAGGUGGGUCAUCAGUUGAUGAAAAAUAAUGCAUUCGGAAAAAGACAAUCAUUAAUAUAUUGCGAAAAUAUCAAACAUUUAUUAAAAGAAGCAAUGAAAACGUCGUUUGAAAAAGAGUAUCAUUAUAUUGGAGAGCUACCGCUUUCAAUAGACGAUAUUUGUCACUGGACAGCUAUACGUCGAGAAGAUGUUAUUCAUAUAUUGACACUUCUUAAAAUAUUGCAAAAGAGCCCCUUAGAUUCUUAUACAAUUUUUUUAGAUCUUCAUGACCUUACAAGGGAAUUACGCCAAUGUGGUCGUAGUCCGCCUUGUAUAAAAAAAACACAGUUCCUUUUUAUUGCUUGGUCGUCUAAUCUUUUUCAAACCCUGCCAGAAAAUUGAAAUCUAUUUUUCAAAAAUGCUAUACUGUCCAUUUUUUUUAAUCUCCCAUCGAAUUCCCGACAUCCCGUUUCUAUUUUUUUUUUAAACCGAAAUUGGAGUUAUUGAAUCUUGAAGAGCUCUUGUAUAAAAUCUAUACAAAUUUAUUGUAACUACAUUAAUAUGUUUUUGUUGAAAAAUUUUAAAACGUCAAUUCUGGAGCCUGUAAAUAUUUGUUCAUUUUUUUUACAUGUAUAAAAAAAAGUGUAAAACAAAGAUUAA